AUGAUGGCGACCAUGGGAUACAUCACCCCUGAGGUCACUGGCAAGCUGCCUGGUUUCUUGUCUCCAUCUGCCGGCCUGAAGUUCGCCGACAUCCCCAAUGGACUUGCAGCAGUUUCCAAGGUACCAGUGGCUGGAUGGGCCCAGAUCGCUGCGUACUUCGGCUUUGUCGAGUUCAGCGGUGGCUUCGAUGACUACAAGACCGGCACCCCUGGUGACUACGGUUUCAAGGUGUUGACUUCUUCUGAUCCUGAAGAGAAGACCAAGAAGUUGUCAGCAGAGCUCGCCAACGGCAGGUUGGCCAUGAUGGCUAUCAUCGGCAUGUUCUUCCAGGACUGA